GUCCGGCUAAUAACAUAACAAGCGCUGGGUGUCUCUGUCCUGACAUAUUGUGUGAAAAGAAAUUGCAUACUUUGUGUGAAGUGAGCUGAGUAUUCAACACUCCACUAAGAGGCAUAGCACUGCACAAUGGAGAGGAAAGUGAGUGAGGAGCACAUGAAGUGUGUGCUUGCCGAAUGGAAAACGUCUCCCAGAGUGGCAAAGUUCGAUGAGCAGCUGCUUGGUGUGCUGGAGCUGUAUGAGCGAUUCCCACUGGACGUGGUGGUAACAGGCGGCAUACCUGAGGCCAACACAAAGCUGGCCCACGCCGCCUGUGGGCUACCUGAUGAAAAGGACUGGCUCCCUGACCAGAGUGAAGAAAAUGAGGAGGAUGAGGAGGACAGUGAUGAGGACAGUGAAGAGGAGGACGAGGAGGAGGAUGAUGAUGAUGAAAGUGAUGAGACUGAUGAAGACGAAGAUCAGGUUGAUGCUGGAAGAGCAGCAGGGCAUAGGCAAGGUAAGGUGUCAUGGAGAACUGAGCACGGCCUCCCUAUGGUCUACCAUCCCACCAUCCCUAAUAUUCGCAUAUGGGUCUUGAACGAACAACCAGCAGCACCAUCCUCCAGUAGUCCAAACCCCAUAGGCUUCAUGUACGAUUUCCUGGUGGUCCUCACCUCGGAGCUCCACCAGGAGGACCACCUGGGCCUGGUCAUGCAGCUCCGCGAGAGGGACCAGCCUCUCUACCUGGUCCGAGCAGACCGAGAGAUGGACCUGCUCAAGGAGGAACUCAAGGGUCCUUGCAAGACCUGCGCCUGGGAGCGCAUGAAAGAACGCAACUUAGAAAUACAGCGCAGGGGGAAGGAGAGAGAGAUGCAUGGGAAUAAUCAGGAUCAGGACCCACACAACAUGGUGGAAAUAACAGACAUUGGUGAAGUUCUGAUGUCAGUGCUUCCGGAGAUGAGGAAGAGGGCCUUUUGUCAGUUCAUGGCAGAUGCUUCAAAAGAGCUCAAAGUACCAAAGUUACUGAGAAAUAACGCCAAGUCCGCAAUCAUACCCGCCAUGAGCAUCGGAAAGGUGGCCCAAGCGGACUUGGAACGCGUCUCGGACUUUCUUCAGGCCAAGGACCUGGCCAGCCACCCCUCCCGGCUUCUCAGCAUCCUGAACGUUAUGGAGACCUUUAGGCUGGACGUGGGGGUCCUGGGCCCCACUGGCUGUGGUAGUUCCAGCCUCGUCAAUACCUUCCUGGGCCUGAAGCCUGGAGACAACGGAGCGGCACCAACAGGGGUUACGGAAACCACCCUAGGACCCGUGGCAUACCUGUACCCACAGCUCCCUGAUGUGACUCUAUGGGACCUCCCUGGGGUGGGGAGGGUGGCUGGGCUUCACUCUGCUGCCUCAUCUGUAGGACCAGGAGGGGGGGAGGAGGAGGAUGGUGGAUGGUCUUUGGCCUCCGUUUUGCAUCCCAGCUGUGACGUCUACAUCCUCCUGUCACCUCUCCGGAUCAGCAUGGAUUGCGUGCGUCUUCUGCGAAACAUCUCGGCGUCUGGGAAACAUUGUUACCUGGUGCUGUCCAAAGCUGAUCUGAUUGAGGAGGUGAGGGUUGAAGAGGUGAAAAGGUGGUGCGAAGAGGUUCUGUCACAGCUUGGUUACCAGCGGACGGUGUAUGCUGUCUCCGCACUGCAGCCAGAAGGGGUGGACUUUUCCAUGCUGACUGAGGAGUUGCGUCUUUCUAUAUCAUGUCACAAGAGGAAGGCCUUUGCUCAACAUGCUGCAAAACUGUUAGAACAGGAAGUCUGGGACAAGAGACCAGAGUUGUGUAAAACAAUGUGAAAUUUCAUGCUGAUUUUGCCUAUUAUUUAUGUGAUGAUACAUCUGAUGGUAAAAGUACGACGAGAAGUUACAUCUAAUCAACAGCAAAAAAGUUUUGUUUGCCUUAAAGGUACACUGUGUAGGAUGGUGGCCAGAGUAGGUAUUGCAGCUAUGCUGCUCAUUGAAACUGUGCUGUCUACUGCCAAAUUUGAUCUUUUCCUGAAUAUUAACAAAAUAAUUAACUAACAUUAACUAUUAUGGCCUAAGUACAGUAAGUUUUGCUGCAAAAAAAUAUUUCUGGAAAUUCUAAAUGUCAGACAAUGGGGAAGAGACCUCUUUUCAUCUAUGAAAAGUGCAAUUUCCCAGUCAUAAUGAAUUUGAUGGUGGUGGUAAUUAUUCAUGGAAAAGGCAACAUGUGAAUGGGUAGCAUAAAUUCUGGAAAUAAACUACUAAAAAUAUUACACAGUGCACCUUUAACAUAUUAUUCCAGUAACCUUAGGCUAUGUAAUGCAUGAAUGAUUUACAACAUGGCAUAUGCCAUCCAAUACGCUUUCUACUAUGUCUAUAUUAGCACACUUAUCCAAAAUAAAUAUGAUGUCGUUGUGUCAACAGAAUUCAAUGCUACCACCACCACACCCAGGUUAACAUCUUCAUUGCUUUGACUGAAACACAAAAAACCCUCCUCAAAAUUAUUAAACGUAUUUUCAUAAAUUCCUCAGUCAUGGUUAGGCUAUGCACAUCAAGUAGGUCAUUGUGGGGGGAAAAAGCAUUGCACUUA